AUGCCCUCCACCAAAUCCCAACGAUAUGGCAGCACUGGACCUUGCUUUGGCUAUUGGAGCCCAGAGUCUGCAUCAAGUCCGACUUUUUGCCCUUCUUUCUUUCUAUAUGCUUGGUGCCUGCAACAAAAAUGCAGCUUCCAUGUUUCUGGGAUAGCAGCCAAGGCCACCGUCAUCUUAGGCCUCCAUGAUGUUGUUGACUGUCAAGACGAUGACAGAUUAGGAGUAUUACUUAGUGUUCGGAACCUCGAUAUUCUCAGCAGCUUUAUUCUUGGAAAGCCGAAAAACUUGCCAACUAUACGCUUAAGUAUAGUCGAGAUCAACGCAGCCUGCGGAGAAAGCAAAGCUAUGUUCACUGCAAUAACCAAUGCUUGCGAUCUCCUGGAAGACAUAGUAGAUACAAUGGUUAGAAACAACAAUAUACUACACGUCCCCACUGCGCAGAACUUACUCCGUCAGCUUCCUCAAUGGAUUCAGGCUCUCCCCUUGAACAUACAACAGCUCUGGAAUACCUUUCAGCGUGACCAUAACCUCAAAGAGGUGGACCAGCAGGCUCUGAUGGGAAUUCUUCACAUUUCUUCUGUUUAUUAUUUUACAGCAAUCCUGAUUACUCGGCCAUUCAUGGUGGCGUACUUGCUGUCAAGGCUGCGCGGGAAGGCUCCUGAUCAUCUUAUAAAUGCCCCUGAUCAGGCUUCGGAUGUCAAUAUCAAGAACAGAAUUUCUGUCUACUUGAGUAUGAACAUCUCCACUUUGCAAGUUCCGUCAGGCUUUGAUCAAGAACAUCUUUUUUGGCUUGCUAACUAUGGCAAUAGGGCUUGGGUCUUUGGUGCUGGUCUGGUUCUAGGGUUUGCCCAGUUUGCGGGCGAGCCACGCAAAGACAUCAACGACUCGUUUGAUCAUGCAUGUGCGAUCCUGGCCGAUAUUGCUCCCGUCAGCCCGCAAGCUCAGGUUUACCACGAAAUCCUUUGCAGCUUUAGCCAGGCUGUUCAAAGGUAUAAGCAGCGAGUUGCAGAUGAAGCGCACCAAGCUGUUCAUCAGUACAUCGAGCGGAUAUUCAGACUGGGCCCUGCGCCUGUUCCUCAGCACUGCUUUAGUGAAACACCACUGAUUGGUGAUCCGUUUAAAUCUGCAGCUAUGAAUACUCAGCUUGAUGUUAGUAUGGAUUCUUUGCAAGAUAUGGAUGGAUUACAUGCGCUGCUUGAUAUGGCUCGAACUAACGACCAAUAUGAUGCGUGGCUGGGAGAUAUUGAUUAUUUGGUACCUGAUUUUGGAGACUUUGAGCAAUUAUUCUAUACUAUCGGAUGA